AUGUCAAUGUCUGCCCUUUUGCGGGAUGCCCCUGUGGGCCAAGUGAUCCGUUUCGUGACGAGGAACAAGUACUUUCAAUAUCCAGAGGAGAGACCCGACUUCGUGCUGCCUGAAUCCUACCAAUUCCACAAGCUCGGGGUGACACACCCGCCACAGCCCAUACUCCCACUGCCUGACGAUGUCGAGAAGAAGGCCGACGAGGAUUUGGACGACUCUCGCAGUCUCACCGCAGCCAGGACAGCCGCAGAUGGCGAGUCGAUGGCUCUGUCAGACCGGACGCUGUCCAAGAUCAUGACUCGCCCCGAGUUGAGCCAGGUCAACACCCGCGCCGACCUCGAACAGGCCUAUUCCAACGCCACGCGACAAGAGACACUGAAGAAUCAAGCCAGUCGACCCAUCGCACCGCAAGUCACUUCCGAUGGCACCAUCCUGGUUGACUGGUAUGCCACCGACGACCCGGAGAAUCCCCAGAACUGGUCCCGGGCCAAGAAGACCAUCGUCGUCCUGCAAAUCUACCUGUACACGCUGGCGGUCUAUAUGGGGUCGGCCAUCUUCACGCCGUCGGAGCCAUUCAUCGUUGAAAAGAUGGGUGUCUCGCCGAACGUCGCGGCGCUCGGCCUGUCGAUGUACGUUCUGGGAUACGGUAUCGGCCCUCUGAUCUUCAGCCCUCUCUCUGAGAUCCCCAUCAUUGGCCGCAAUCCGCCGUAUAUGAUCACCCUGGGAAUCUUCGUCAUCAUUUCCAUCCCCACCGCCGUCGUCAACAGUUUCCCGGCGCUCGUCGUGCUGCGUUUCUUGCAGGGAUUCUUCGGCAGCCCGUGUUUGGCCACUGGCGGUGCCUCCAUUGGCGACAUCUUCUCGCUGCUGAAGCUCCCUUACUUUCUCACCGGAUGGGCUGCGUUUGCCACAGCUGGUCCUGCCCUGGGUCCGAUCAUCUCCGGCUUCUCGGUGCCCGCCGAAAACUGGCACUGGUCUCUCUGGGAGAUCGUGUGGCUCGCCGCUCCCGUCUACGUCUCUCUCUUGUUCCUGCUGCCCGAGACUUCAUCCUCCAACAUCCUGCUCCGCCGCGCCGCUCGCCUGCGGAAAUUGACUGGCAAUAACAGUCUCAAGUCCCAGUCCGAGAUCGACCAAGAGAAAUUGACCGUCAACGAAGUCGUGAUUGGCAACCUGUGGCGGCCGGCCCAGAUUAACAUCCUCGACCCAGCCGUCCUCUUCACCAGCCUCUACACGGCCUUGAUGUACAGCAUCUUCUACUCGUUCUUCGAGGUCUUCCCUCUCGUGUACGCGACGGGAAACCCGGGCAAGGCCACCCAAGGCUAUGGCAUGAAUGGCGGCGAGAUCGGUCUGAUUUUCCUCUCCAUCUCGGUCGGCGUCAGCAUUGCGAUUGCCAUCUACGUCUCCUACCUGCACUUUGUGUUUGAGCCGGAGAUCCGCACCAGAGGUCUUGGAGAGCCUGAGAGACGUCUCAUUCCCGCCCUGCCGGCCAGUCUGCUGUUGCCCAUUGGCCUGUUCUGGUUUGCGUGGACCGGCAAUAGCUCUCCCAAGAUCCACUGGAUCGUGCCCACACUCGGCGUCGUGGUAUUCACUGUCGGGAUCUUCAUCCUGUUCCAGUGUAUCUUCAUCUACAUCCCAUUGACGUACCCGCAAUACGCGGCGUCGCUUUUCGCCGGCAACGACUUUGCCCGUUCGUCGAUCGCCGCCGGUGCGAUUCACUUCUCUCGCCCCCUGUUCCACAACUUGGGCGUUGGGAGUGGUGUCAGCUUGCUGGCGGGUUUGACUGUCGGCGGCAUCAUCGGCAUCUUCGUCUUGUGGAAAUUCGGCGCGAGCCUGAGAGCCAGAUCUCGGUUUGCCGCGAAGUAA